AUGCAUAUAUAUUUUAUCCUUAUUGGAUUAUCAUUUUUUAAUUUAUCAUCAGAAGAGAAUGUGGAUAAUAAUAUUGAUGAUGAACUUGAGUUACUUGUUGUUGAUCAAUCAUUAGAAAAAAUUGAAGAAAUAGAAAUUAUAAUGGGUAAUGUUACAAUAUUUUCAUUUGUUUGUGUUUUGAUUUCAACUAUUGUAAUGUCAAUUGUCAUAUUCAACAACAUUAAUUUUGAUUUUAUAUUUUUAUUUAAAAAAUUAUAUAAAAAGACUGAACGAGAAGAAGAUGAUGAUCUUAAUCCAAUUGACUUCUAA